UUUUGAUGUACCAUGGAUGUUGUUGUGGUAAUUUGGAGCAGUGUGCGUGCGUUGGCGUGCGUGUGAUGUGGUGUGGACUAUGGAUAGGACGGGGUAGUCACGGCUUGAGUAAUUCGCUGGGACCCGUUCCUUCGAGGGGUAGUCACGGCUUGAGUAAUUCGUUGGGACCCUCGAUUUGGUUAUUAAGUGGAAUUCCGAGCUUGAGUAAUUCUCUGGCACAAGGUUUGAUUUAAGAGAGCUGUAUAGGGGAUCAGCUCCCAUAUGUUAUGAUUGAUACUACAGGGUGUGUGAGUGCUCCAAAUUACCUUUUUGAUGUUAUGAUGUGAAAAUGUUGUGUAUGUUGCAUUUCACUCUACAGGUUGCAUUAGUUUCAGAUAGUUAUAGAGAUUAUAGUUAAGAUUGAUAUUUUACUCUCUGAGUCGAACGCUCACUCCUGUUCAAAAAUUUUUACAGGCCACAGGAGGAUAUUUUGUUCUGGGUUAACCUGCCUUUUUACCUCGCAGGAAAAUGCGUAGAAGCAGGAGAGCUGCCACUGCACCAGAACCAGAUGUGCCUGACGAGGUGUCAGCACAGGAUGAGGCGCCUGCCCCGAGGAGGCGGGGUAGGAGGCCUAGAGCUGCUCAAGUAGAAGAGCAGCUACCCACAGUUCAAGAACAGUCUUUCAUGGCACAGGGUCCCAUGGACCCCAUGGCAGCUACUCUAGCUGGUCUGCAGAGAACCAUCGACAUGAUGGCGCAGUAUAUGGUCCACCCUCCACAGCAGCAGCAGUCCACCGCACCAAGAGAGGAAUCUUACAAACAGAUCAUAAAUUUCAAGAAGUUGGUGCCUGGUACCUAUGAUGUGUCAGACGAUGCAUAUCGGUUUUUGGAUUCUAUGAGCAGAGCAAAGAAAAGCAGAGCGAGGGUUCCUCGGUGUCCCUUCCAUGGGUACUCGGACGGUGGUGGCGUGGUAAUUACAGAGGAAAGGGUAGGAGCAAGAGAAGUGGUUUCAUACACCGACCACGAGGAUUCGCACUGCGGAUCCAAAGCAGUGGUAGCCGAGUAA